UAACAGGAAGAGGGGAGUUUUGCAGGGGCUGUUUCUCUUUAAGGGGUAGGUCUUAGUCUCUCUAUCUCUCUGUGUGUUACUUGUUAGGGUUAAGAUAUCACAGGGCUAGGAGUUCUUAGGGUUACCUAAAGGCAGUGUUUACUUAGAGGUGGGGGUGGAGUCAGCUAGGGCUGGGAGAGGCCCCACAUUCCUUUCCUUUGAUUCACAUCCUGUGUGACAGUUGGAAGCAGAGGCGUAAUGAUGGGGGGGGCAGGCAGGGCACGUGCCCUGGGCGCCACUCGGGAGGGGGCGCAAUUUGCUGCCAUGACCCCCCCACCAAAUUGUCGCGCCAACGCGGCGCCCCCCCCCCAUGAAUGCUUGGCUCCGAGUCCGGCUGGCCGCCUCUCGCUGCCUGUGCAUGAAGCAGUUAGCCCGGCUGGCGCAGAUGAGUUCACCACCACCCCGCUUGACUGGGCCGGGCCAGGCGCCCCUCGCUGCCUGCAGCAUUGUUGGCUGCAUGAUGACCUCCUCCGUACUCCCCGCCCCCCACUCGCGGGCAUGCGCGAGUUGAUCUGCUGACGCACGUGCUCCUUUGAGAGUGAGGGAGGCUACGAGAGAGCGAGGAGCGUCGGUGUUGCUGCUGCUGGCUGUGUGUGGCUCCCGCCUAGGAUCUGCUUUGGACUCACUCCCUCGAGGCACAGAUUUCAGCACACCACCACCAUCUUCAUCAAAAAUUGUGCAAUAAAGUCAGACACAGGAGGAUCAAGGGAGAAGUUCAGAUGGAUAAAUGGAUCUAGUUUCCUGGUAUGGCAUCUGCUUGUCUGGACACUCCAAUAAUUAGCAACGUGGUAAAAAGGACUUCCUGGCCUUGUGAGACUAGGCAGUGGGCCCCUCACCAGAAUCCUUGCUCAGGGAAUAAAAUGACUUUAGAGGAAGGGGAUCCUUCAGCCUGGUUGGCAGCUUCAUUUCGGCACAGGGUAGAAAUGGAUGUGCAGCAAAGAUCAGCAGGCAGUGAACUGGGGAAGGGAGUGGGGGAAAGCCCCGAUGGCAUCCAGUGUGGGAGCAAUGGGGAAUUCAGGGGAAGGACAGUGCAGAAGCUCCUGGGAGGAGACUGUACCAGCCCAGAUGUCCAGCGCCAAAAAUUCAGGCAGUUCCACUACCUGGAAAAUGAAGGGCCCCGAGAGGUUUGCAACCAACUCUAUGACCUUUGCCGCCAGUGGCUGAAGCCAGAAAAGCACACAAAGAUGCAGAUGCUGGACCUGGUGAUCUUGGAGCAAUUCCUGACCGUCCUGCCCCCAGAGAUGAAGUGCUGGGUCAGAGAAUGCGGAGCAGAGACCAGUUCGCAGGCGGUGGCCCUGGCAGAAGGUUUCCUCCUGAGCCAGACAGAGGAGAAGAAGCAGGAAGAGCAGCAGGUUGCUGGAUUGUAUGAGAGAGUCUCUAAUGCCCUGUUCAAUCCCCUUCUAUUCCCAGUCUUGGAUUUAUAUCCAGAUCCACAGAUUAUCAUGCGCUUGCAAGUAGAGUGUAGUCCUCUCAAGUUCCAGGAAAAGGGGGUGUUAGCCAAAGCAACCAGUGGUCUCCCAAAGGCAGAGAAGGCUCCAUCAGACACCAGGCUGAGGCCGCUAUUCAAAGGGAUCAUGGAGGAGGGUGAUGGAGGUACUUUUCUGGACAGUGAGAUGUCCAUCGUGAUUCCUUCUGUGCCUGCUCAUCUUGGUGGUGGAGUGCCAACAGUUGCUAUGUCCUCACUAGAUCAGGUGGCUUUUGAGGAGGUGGCUGUGUGUUUCUCCGAGGAGGAGUGGGCUCUGCUGGAUCCAGGCCAAAGGGCUCUGCACAGAGAAGUCAUAGAAGAGAAUUCCAGGAACCUGGCCUCACUGGGGAGACUUUUGGUUUCCAAAGCUGGCUUCAGUUCCUGGCAGGAAGAAGAAGAUGAUCCAUUUGCUGAGGCCUCCAAGGAAGCAGCUGAUUGGAAUGAAAGUGAAGAGGGUGAACUGCCCAAAAGGAAAAUUCAAGCAAAUCAAGAAAGGAUGGAGGAGAUAAUGGCUUCUGAAGUGAAAAACCUCUAUGCACUUCCACUCAACGAUUGUCAAAAAGGAGACAAAAGUAAUAAGAUCCCUGUAUGUGCCAGUUUCUUAACUUGUAAAUCGGACAUUAGCACACAACACAGAAUCCACAUAAGAGAAAAACCAUAUACCUGCUCAGAGUGUGGGAGGAGCUUCAGCCAGCAUUUAAUCCUUAAUGCUCAUCAAAUAAUCCACAGAGGACCGAAGCCAUUCCAAUGUUCAGAGUGUGGAAAGAGCUUCAGUCAGAACAGGUACCUUAUUUCUCAUCAGAGAAUCCACACAGGGAUUAAACCAUUUCAGUGUUUUGUUUGUGGGAAGAGAUUCAGCCGCAUCGAUAACCUUACUUGCCAUCAAAAAAUCCACACAGGACAGAAGCCAUUUAAAUGUUCCAAGUGUGGAAAGAGCUUCAGUCAGAGGAGGUACCUUAUUUCCCAUCAUAGAAUCCAUACAGGAGAGAAACCAUAUAUGUGCUCAGAGUGUGGAAAGGGCUUCAGUUGCAGUAACAUCCUUACUGUCCAUCAAAGAAUUCACAAAGAAGAGAAACCAUACACAUGCUCAGAGUGUGGAAAGGGCUUCAGUCAGAAGAUACACCUUAUUUCCCAUCAAAGAGUGCACACAGGAGAGAAACCGCAUACAUGUUCAGUGUGUGGGAAAAGCUUUAGGUGCAACUCAAACCUUACUUGCCAUCAAAGAAUUCAUGCCGGAGAAAAACCAUUUAAAUGUUCAGAGUGUGGAAAGAGCUUCACUCGGAGAAGUCACUUUAUUUCCCAUCAAAGAGUCCACACUGGAGAAAAACCAUAUGCAUGCUCAGUGUGUGGAAAGAGCUUCUGUAAGAAGAGUAACCUUGUUUCCCAUCAGAGAAUCCACACAGGAGAGAAACCAUAUACAUGCUUAGAGUGUGGAAAGAGCUUCAAUCAGAAGUCAAAUCUUAUAGCUCAUCAAAAGAUCCACACAGGAGAGAAACCAUAUACUUGCUCAGAGUGUGGAAAGUGUUUCAUUCAAAGUGCUGCCCUUAGUAUUCAUCAGAGAAUCCACACAGGAGAAAAACCCUAUACAUGCUCAGAGUGUGGUAAAAGUUUUCGUCAAAGCCAUCUCCUUACUAGCCAUCAUACAGUCCACACAGGAGAGAAACCAUUUACUUGCUCAGAUUGUGGAAAGGGCUUCACUCAAAGCCAUUUUCUGACUAUCCAUCAGAGAAUCCACACAGGAGAGAAACCAUAUACUUGCUCAGAGUGUGGAAAGAGCUUCAGCCGCAGUGAUACCCUUAGUUGUCAUCAAAGAAUUCAUACAGGAGAGAAGCCAUUUAAAUGUACAGAGUGUGGGAAAAGCUUCAGCCGUAAUGAUAACCUUAUUUCUCAUCAGAGAGUCCACACUGGAGAGAAACCGUAUACAUGCUCAGAGUGUGGGAAGAGCUUCAGUAAAAGGCACAACCUUACUGCACAUCAAAGAAUCCACACAGGAGAGAAACCAUAUACAUGCUCUGAGUGUGGGAAGAGCUUCAGUCAGAAGAUAAAGCUUAUUUCCCAUCAAAGAGUCCACACUGGAGAGAAGCCAUUUAAAUGUUCAGAGUGUGGAAAGGGCUUCAGUCAGAGCAGACACCUUAUUUCCCAUCAAAGAGUGCACACAGGGGAGAAACCAUUCAUGUGCUUAGAGUGUGGAAGAAGCUUCAGGAGCAAAUCAAAACUUACUUGCCAUCAAAGAAUUCAUGCGGGAGAGAAACCAUUUAAAUGUUUAGAGUGUGGAAAGAGCUUCUGUUGGAGAAGUCACCUUAUUUCCCAUCACAGAGUUCACACCGGAGAGAAACCAUAUACAUGCUCAGAGUGUGGAAGAAGCUUCACAUACAGGUCCAAACUUACUUCCCAUCAAAGAAUUCAUGCAAGAGAAAAUCCAUUUAAAUGCCUGGAGUGUGGUAAAAGCUUUGUUUGGAAAAGUCACCUUAUUUCUCAUCACAGAGUCCACACUGGAGAGAAACCCUAUACAUGCUCAGAAUGUGGAAAGAGUUUCAAUCAGAGGUCAAACCUUGUAUCUCAUGAAAAAAUUCAUAGCGAAGAGAAACCCUAUACAUGCUUAGAGUGUGGAAAGAGCUUCAAUCAAAAAAAUCUCCUUACUAUCCAUCAGAGAAUCCACACAGGAGAGAAACCAUAUACAUGUUCAGAGUGUGGGAAAACCUUCAGCCGCAACGAUACGCUGACUCGUCAUCAAAGAAUUCAUACUGGAGAGAAGCCAUUCAAAUGUACCAAGUGUGGAAAGAGCUUCAAACGGAACGAUAAGCUGAUUUCCCAUCAGAGAGUCCACACUGGAGAGAAACCCUAUACAUGCUCGGAGUGUGGGAAGAGCUUCAAUCGUAACGAUAAGCUGACUUCCCAUCGGAGAACCCACACGGGAGAGAAACCAUUUACAUACUCAGAGUCUGGAAAGAGCUUCUGUCAGACCAUACACCUUAUGUCACAUCAAGGAAUCCACAGUGAAGUAAAAAGAUAUACCUACUCAGAAUAUGGAAAGACCUUCAGCAAGGAGACUGUUGGGGCCCAGCAGUACCUAGAUCUUGAGGAGACCUACUUGGAGGCAGUGGAGGAGGACCGGGUGCCCACAGGAGCCCCUGCCAUCAACCCAGAACCCAUGACCUCAGCUCUUCAGAGGUUAACCUGAAGAGCCUGAGGUUAACCCGAGCCUGAGGUUAACCAUCCUCUGAACAUCCAUAACGAGGAGUCCAAGAACUCAGGGCAUCCAGCCCAGGCCUUGGCAGCUAUUCUUUGGCUCUUAGAGCCACCCCCAAAUCUAAGUGCUUGACUGCCCUCCGCUCCAUGGGGGUGGAUUCACUGCUCCUCCCCAGAUCUGCCCUCUGCUCCAUAGUGGGAACACUUGUUGCUUCCCUGAGCAACCCCCUUAGCUCUGUGGGAAGGGCAGCCUCACCACUUUCCUUCUCCCUUCAUUUCCUCAUCUUGUCUGUCUGGCUCAGGCAGGUGAUGAGCCUCCACAACAAAGAAGAAGAGGGAGCAACCUGCCCCCACCUGGCUUGCUUCCUCCUCCACCUGGUUUGCAUCUGUCCAUUGCCUGGUUCGCCUCCACACUUUAGUUAUCAGGUGCCAUGGUAAGUUGGUGCCUGGGAAUUGUCCAGUCCUGAUCUUGCACUCCUCCAUCUCAGGGAGUCUUGUGGUAGCAAGCAUGAAUUGUCCCCUUUGCUAAGCAGGGUCUGCCUUGGUUUGCAUUUGAAUGGGAGACGUGUGAGCACUGUAAGAUAUUCCCCUUAGGGGAUGGAGCCGCUCCGGGAAGAGCACCUGCAUUCUUGCAUGCAGAAGGUUCCAAGUCUCCACCCUGGCAUCUCUGAGACUCCUGGCUGAGAGAGACUCCUGCCUGCAACCUUGGAGAAGCCACUGCCAGUCUGUGUAGACAAUACUGAGCUGAAUGGACCAAUGGUCUGACUCAGUAUAUGGCAGCUGCCUAUGUUCCUAUGAUCCCUGGCCCCACUCAAUCCCCUCUGGUAGUCCUUGUACCUUAAGAGGAGAAGCUUGGACAAAUCAGGGUUGAGGCCAGUACCAGUGGAUGAGUAUCUUCCUAGGUACCAAAACCUUCCUUUCCCCUAAAUUUCCUUGUGGGGAGGAGGAGGAAGUAGGCCCUGGUGCAGAUUCUGUAUUGGACUCCAACUAGAUCCAGGAAGGGACAAGGAUUUCUGUCUUUAUAUGCUCCUCAGUAUCUGCCAGGCACUCUCUGGUGCUCCAUCUCUAACAUCAGGGGAGGAGAGCUAGUCUUGUGGUAGUGAGCAUGCAUUGCCCCCUUUGCUAAGCAGGGUCUGUCCUGGUUUGCAUUUGGAUGGGUAGCUACAUAUGAACACUAUCUGCUGUAAGAUGUUAGGGAACAUGCCUGUAGCUCAGUGGGAGAGCAGCUGGUUGUAUGCAGAAGGUCUCAGCAUCUCCAGGUAGGGCCGGGAAAGUCUUCUGCCUGAAACCUUGAAGAGGUGCUGUCAGUCAGUGUCAACAGUACUGAGGUAGAUGGACCAAGGGUCUGACUCAGUAUAAGGCAGCUUCCUAUGUUCCUACCCCAAGAGCUCCUCUAGACCCAGUUCUCUGCCCCAGGCUUCUGCCUUUGUCCCCUGCGCUUCUUUUCUUCCCUCUCUCCAGUUCUAGUUUUCCACUUCAUCCACGUCCUGGACUGUGUGUGAUCUUCUUUGCAGCCCUUUGGCCGCAGGAGGGGAUGAAGCAAAUCCCACAAUUCUGUUCCCUGCCCGGUUGUCACUUUCAUGCUGUGGUUUUAUGUUCCCCACUUCCCCAAGCGUUGGAAAGCCCCAGGAGCUGUGUUACUGUAUAUAGUUUUCUUUUGGAUGGAAGAACAAAAGGGAUUUAUUUAUUUAUUUUUGGAGGCAAGGUAGAAGUGAUGCUGUUUGUAAUGUCUGGGUUUAAAAUAAAUAAAUAAACACUAGCUGACCCGCA